AUGUCUCUUGAUCAUCUCUCAAAGGACGUUAUUAGUGAAUUGAAGGAAGCCUUUUCAUUGUUUGAUGAAGAUGGAAAUGGAUCAAUAAGUAUGGAAGAGCUAGGCAAUGUAAUGGAACAAUUAGCUUCGCGGCCUUCCGAUGAAGAGCUGUUACACAUGUUUAAAUUAGUUGAUGAAAACCACGAUGGAAAAAUUGAAUUUGAAGAGUUUGUCAAAUUGUGGACCCAACAAUGUCACAACCCACCACAGAAGAAGAAUUAA